AUGAGUAAAAUAUUUGCUGUUAUAAAAGCAAUUAUAACGCGCCUAGUUUUCGCCGGUCAUGGUGUUAUAGCUGUUUGGCAAGUAACAAUUUUCAAAAAGAAUACCAUUUUCUGGUACCUCACGUCUCCAAUCAUACUUUUAUUUUUUGAGGGGCUCUUUACUUUAACUGUAAAAGAAAAUCAAGAAUGGAAAUGGUUUUGUCCUUCGGUUUUUCUGUAUCUGGCAAGCGUGGUGCCCGCCAUUUGGCUCCUUGAACUCGACAAAGUUGACAAGCGUUUAAAAACCCGUGAAGAGACGUUUAAUUUGACCGCAUCGGCCGAGGCAAACUUAAAAGAUUUAAAAAAUUUAAUAGGCGUUCAAAUUCAGUUACCGGACAUCUCGCUCAGUACUGAAACUUGGAUAAGUCUCGUCGAACAAUUUCUCAUGCUUAUCCUCAUAAUCGGACGAUGGAUGUUGCCAAAGGGAGAUCUUACUAGAGAUCAAUUGAGUCAACUUUUACUAGUAUACAUAGGAACUGCGGCCGACAUAAUUGAAUUUUUUGAUUCGUUCAAAGAUGAUAAGGUCGCAUCAGAGCCAGUCUUGGUUCUACUUACAUUGUCGAUUUGGACUUGGAGUUUAAUGCAAUUUACUGUAGUUCUUACUGCAACGAAGUCGAGAAAGUCGCGAAUGGCAUCUUCCGGAAAUAUUGUAAAAAAUACUAAUUCAUGUUGCACAAUCGACGUAUGGGGCAUAGCACUGAAUAUAACACUUCAGGAUGCACCCUUUUUGGUUUUCCGUCUUCUUCUUAUCACCCAUUUCAAAAUAAUAUCCUACAUGAACGUAUUUUUUACUUGUAAAAAUACGCUCGUCAUUCUUCUUCAAUUGUAUCGUCUCUACGUGGUCUACAGCGAAUUUAAAAAGCAAACCAAAAAGAAUAACUUCAAUUUGACAAGCAUAUCCAUUAUUUCUAAGCCCAAUAUAUACGGGGAGAGAACGCCCAGAAUGAAAAAAAGAGAAAAGGUUCAUAAGCAUAACAAGAGAUACGUUGUUAGCGACAUUUCUUCUGAAAAUUCGGAAAAUUACAGCGAGACUUGCGAUUUUUCAGACCGGGAAAGAAAAAGCAGGAAAUGUAAAACUACUAGAAAAGACACCGGCUAUUCGACUGGAAGUUCGUUUACUAGUAAUAAAAACAAACAGAGAGAUCAAAGAUCAAUCAAGAAACAAACUACCGAUUACUCCAAAGCCAAAAACCAUUCUAGAAGUUCUGAUCAUUCGCCUUCAGACUACAAAAGUAAGAAAGGAAAGCAAAAGCUUCAGAGAUCAGAUAGAGACACGAGAGGUCAUAAACGGAUCGAAGAAGAGUCUGAAGAAACUCAGUCGAAUUAUUCUUUCGAAUCAAUGGAUUUAGAAGCUUCAAAUCUGCGAAAAGAGAAAGAAAGAAAAAUGUCGAAAAGUCGCAGUAUGAAAGACAUCACAAAAAAGCACAAAAAGUCAAAGAAUUCGUCGAACAGCUUCAGUGAUCCUUCAACUGAAUGACGCCAUGGUUUAGCCAUUGGGGCCAUUUUUAUCCUCUACAUAUUUAUAUUUGUAUGUUGUCUGUUGUUUAUAUAUGUUGCUAUAAAUACAGAAGGUUUGAUUAUAGCCAAAAUUAUAAGAAAACGCAAUAGCACAACUGUAAAUAAGCCUUUAAAUGUUGUUAAAGAAAUGUAAUGUAAUACCUAAUAAAAUUUUCGGUGUAA